GUGACUCUCGAGGGACUCUGGGGAGAUACCAACAAAGACCCGACGUUGGCAGCCAUUGCUUCAUUGCUGCGUGGUCCUUCUCGUCAUCCUCAUCCUUACGGCGUCUGUUCGACGGUAUACCGUAGCCCACUGCAGUCUCAGGCAGAUAUCGGGGCGGGACACUCUGCUUCCUAGGGUCCCCCGACUCCCCUCCUGCGCUACCCUUCCGGCUGCGAAGCGGGCACAGGGCAAAGACGGAGCAGAGGAGAGGCUGCAUCGCCGUACCCAACAUCAUCCUCUACACUUUCCCCCCUCUCUUCCAUACUCAACGCUACCUCGUGUGAGCUCAUCAUCUCGUCACUCCCGAGCCCUCCCUGCUGCGAGUCAAGAUGGCAAAGUCAAGAAUGCAGAACCUCAUCCUCGAGGUGCUCAACGCCCAGCCAUCGCUCAGGGACAGCAAGGGUUACCUCAAGACUUUUGGUCCCAGGGCCUCUAGGUCUUCCCCUCCAGGCCAGACAGGAGUCGAUAGCAGAGGGCCAGUUGCUCAGCAGCGGUUGAAGACCAGACAAGGUCUUGCUGGACCAUCAGCGCGGGCGGCUGCUCGAAGUCAACUGCUCUCGCCUGGGAGCGCCGCAAGGCUACCAGUUGGCAUCAGAGCAAAAGCAGCAGAUGGCUCGUCUCAAGAUGGACUGCCUCAUCGUAAUCAGGAUCAUCUUCGCGAGGAAUCUCACAGUCAUCCAGAUUCGCAGAUUGCCUCGACUUCGAAUUCAAAGAUUCCCAAGAAUGCUGAGACGACUGCGCAGGGCUCAAGAGAGGGGGCAAGCUCGACAUCGGCUAGUCCUCACAGCACUAGCGAGGCAGAAGGCUUAGCGGUGCAGCAGCAUACCGCUUUGGUCAAAGUACAAGGGCCUUUCACGCGCAGGCAGCUAGAGAGUAUCGCUGAUGGUAUGAUCUAUCUCAAGAAGCUCGGUCUUGUCUCUGUCAUCGUCGUCGAUGGAGAGGAAUGGUCUCUUCCUGGUUACACUUCUGAGUUCUCCUCCGAUGGCAUACGGAUGGAGCAGGCCGAGGAGGACAAGGAGGAUAAUGAGCUAGCAGCGUGGAUCGGUCGCAACCUUACCGAAGAGAAAAAGGAACGCAGAAGACAGCUGAGCAAGAUGCGUAGAGCGACUUUACGUAGAGCCAUGCUCAACGAUGUCAAUGCCUUGGCCGACCUCCUACACAGUCGAGGAGCCCCCGCGAGACCUUUUCUUUCCCCUCUGUUCAAAGUCGAUGCCGAACUUGCAAGAGAUGCAGAACUGUUAGCGCCGCGGCACUUUCCAGGGGCGGGGAAUGUUGCAGAUCCUAACUCUUCGAGUGGAUCUAGUGCGGCCACGGCUCUGCAGAACAAAGAUGUGGCUACGACUGCUACUCCACUCUCGCAUCCUCAAGUCAGGGCUUUUGGCUACCGACAGAUGCAGGCCUCUGCUUCUCGUUCUCCCCUUGUAUCUGAUGAUGGUCUAUCUUCCCUCAGGUCAGCGUUGGCUACGGACCAUAUACCCGUCAUUGCCCCUCUUGCUCUAUAUUCGGACCCCGAGGCGGACGGGGGCGAGACUUCGACACCGGUCAAGGCAGAUGAUGUUCUCGUCGCUCUGGCCAGGGACAUGGCUAUUGCUGGCAGGGAAGCCGAGGAGUAUCUCCUUGAAAUGGAGGAAUCUGGAUCUGAAGACCUACAUGGACUGAUGGCCUCACAUGUGGACAUGACGCCCCUACGGCUCAUGGUCAUCAAUCGAGAAGGUGGUAUACCCUCCCAUGCGCGAGGCGGUAAUCCGCACUUGGCCAUCAAUUUAGCUUCAGAGUAUUCUCAUAUCCUCAACUCAUUCGUCUGGAAAGAGUCGCAUCCAACAGCCAUGGAGAAUCUUCGAAUGGUUCACGACUGCUUGUCAUACAUGCCCCACACCUCCUCUGGUAUCGUCGUCUCGCAUCGUUCGCCCCGGUCUCUCAUCGCAAACCUCAUCACCAACAAGGCGGCCCAUUCGCCCAGUCUUCCACCUGCGUUGCUUCGAUCCUACAAGCGCGAUCUUCGCCAUACGCCCACGAUUAUUCGUCCAGGACUCUCCAUCAAUGUCAUCUACGACUUUUCGCAGGUGGACCAGACCAAGCUCACCGCUCUGCUCGAAGCCUCCUUCAAGCGCAAGCUCAACGCCGAAGCCUACUAUGAGCGCUUGAGGAAGAGUUGCGAUUUCGUCAUUGUCAGUGGCGACUACCAAGGCGCAGCCAUCGUCACCCUCGAAACCUCUGCCGACGAUCCUCCCGGUGUAGAGCCCAUGGCCUACCUGGACAAAUUCGCCGUCCUCCCUUCGCUACAAGGAAGCGGCACAGUCGAUUUCCUCUGGGGUGCGCUACGCGAUGAAGUGCAGGGUCUGGGACUUCUAGACGCCCUAAACGACAAUGGCGGUAAAGGUGGUUUUGGCAAAGGACGCGAUCUAGUCUGGAAAUCCAGAGGGGACAAUCCAGUCAAUAAGUGGUACUACGAGCGUUCCAAUGGUUUUGCCAAGAUCGAUCUCAACCCUCGUACAGAGGCAGAGCGUGCUGGGAAGACCGAGGAAGAAUUGCAAAAGGGAAGAAAUUGGGCCAUGUUCUGGUGUGAUGCAGAAGAGAGGUUAAGCUCUAUGAGUGGAGAGAGGAGAUUGAGCACAAGUGCCACAGAGGAAGAAAUGCGCAGUGUACUCCUCGAUGAGGAGCAGCGUUCAGCCAGUGGAGGCGGUGGUAGGGGAGGCGGAGACGGUGAUGGACGUCGCUUCAGCGACUAUGAAGAGGAAGGGGAAGGGUGGGGGAGAUCUUCGGCUCCGCGAAGCAGCGCCUCGCUGAUGCCUUCGCUGGACUCGAGAAGACUGGAGGAGCUAGACCCGAGACCGGGUGGAGGAGGUCAGAGGCUUCUGCCCCUCAUUGCACCCGAGGAGCAAGGUCGUUUGGAGCGAUGGGCAAAGUGCAUGAUGAAUAUACCCAGCGCAUGGCUGUAGCUAAUCUUACUAUUACAGAGGGAAGAGCUAAGGAAACAAAUACAGCACCACCUCCUC